UCACGGAACAUAAACAAAAAACAGCUGAUCAGGGUCACACACGCACGCACACACACAGCAUCCUUCCUUCUUCUCUCACGUGUGUAGCAGGUGUGGAGGAGUCUUGGAGGAAAGGAGGAGUAAGAAAAACAGCACCAGGAGAAGGAAAAGGAGAGAAAAAGUCACCAAGAAGAGGAAGAGGAAGACAGGAGGAGGAGGAAGAGGAUUAGGACAAGAUAAGGUGCAAGAGCCAGCAUGGGCAACCACUCCUCGGUGGGGCGCAGCAAGGGGGCGGACUUGGGUCAGUUCCCCGGGGGUGGGCGUGGGGCGGACGGGCAGCCCUUCACCCUGCAGUCUCGCCAGGGCCACACCAAGGCAGCACAGCAACCCAGUCUGGACGAUGAACCCCCCGUGCUGAAGGGGCCAAAGGACAAGGAGAAUGAAGACCCCGUGCCCCAUCGUCCUCGGCCUGUCGUCACGCAGGGGAACAAGAAGAUGCUGCCCUUCGUCAUCAAGUGGACGGGGGGAGGAAACAACGUGGCCAUCGCUGGAACCUUCAACCAGUGGCAGAAGCUGACGAUGGUGAAGAGUGAGAAAGACUUUGUGGCCAUUGUGGAUCUACCGAAAGGGUCCCACCAGUACAAGUUCUACGUCGACGGCGAGUGGAAGGUCAGCCCGGUCGAGGCCACCAGCAACGCCAACGCCAAUGCCAACAACAACAACGGCAACAACAACAACAACAGCAACCGCAACACCAACAACAACAAGGCCAUGGAAAACAACAACAACGUCAUCAAUAUUAGCGAGACGGAUUUUGAGGAGUUUGAGACGGCGCUUCUGUAUGAUCCUAACGACCCCAACAAGGAGCGCUCUGUUACCCAGAGCAAGGAGCGGCCCGGCGAAGGCGAGGAGGAUGAAUUUGGGCAGGAGAUUCCGGAGUACGAGCAAACCAGCAAGAUCCGCGGGCCUCCUGUCCUGCCCCCUCACCUCCUGCAGGUCAUCCUCAACAAGGACACGCCCAUUUCUUGCGAGCCCACCCUGCUGCCGGAGCCCAACCACGUGAUGCUGAACCACAUGUACGCCCUCAGCAUCAGGGACGGCAUGAUGGUGCUGUCCACCUCUAACAGAUACAAGAAGAAGUGCGUCACCACACUCAUAUACCGUCCCAUCGAGUAGACGGCAGGAGGAAGUAGAAGAAGGGUCUGUUAGUGUGUGUAGAGGCUGCAUUAGGGUGUGGGGAAAGGGAAGGGUGUGUUAGGGUGUGGGGAAAGGGAAGGGUGUGUUAGGGUGUGUGGGACAAGGGUAGGGUGUGUUUGGGGAUUUAAAAAGGUGCGUUAGGAUAUAGAAAAGGUCUGUUAGGGGUGUAAGAAGGUGUGUUAAGGUGCGAGAGAGUAUGUUAGGGUGUGAAAGGGUGUGUUUGAGAGAGAGAGAGAGAGAGCCUUGGUGCCUUUCAAUCACUCGACUUCAGAUUCAAAUAUGGCCUUGCAGAGAGAGAGAGAGAGAGAGAGCGUUCCUUUCACUGAUGUGUUGUGAUGUUAUGCCGCCAACACAUACCUUUCCACAUAUGCUAUUCCACAUGCAUACAAGCAUUCACAUAUUUUAACUAACAUCGCUCCACUAAUUAACAUAUAGAUCUAAGUGCUGAUUUGCCUUAUUAACUUAUAUAUAUCCAUCUAGUGCCAUCUUGCUAAUAGUACAGUU